GAGGCGUAUUCCAAAAAUCCGCUUCUUGUUAAACGCCAAUGUGAAUAAAUGAGGACUGAUAAGGAAUAUGCUCGAAUAACUACUAGUGAUGCGCUGUACAGAUCGUACGGACUUUAAGCCACAGUUUCCACCUUGAAUUGUUUCUCUGUCCUAGACCAACCUCUGGAAUACCGUCAAGCUUCGUCACUUGAUGGAUGGAAACCCUCGCUAUCCCGCUCAUGAACCACUCUGCUUGCCAGUCGCUCACGGCAUUUCAACAAUCUUCUUGGUGUUGUACCGAAACGUGACGUGACACCACUGGUCGGUUCUGGCUUGAAAGUCGACAUCAGCGCAUCUGUCCACGCCUUGCGGAAGCGACGGGCAGCCACAAUGCCGCUUCGAAUUACGACAUGGAACGUUAACGGCAUUCGGAAUCCGUUUAGCUACCAACCAUGGCGCGAAAACCGCACAUUCCAGGCCAUGUUCGACACUCUGGAAGCGGACAUCGUUGUGUUGCAGGAGACCAAAAUUCAGCGGAAAGAUCUUCGGGACGACAUGGUGUUGGUGCCGGGCUGGGACGUCUUCUUCAGUCUCCCCAGAUACAAGAAAGGCUACUCUGGUGUGGCUGUCUAUACCCGCUCCUCCAAGUGCUGUCCGAUUCGCGCAGAAGAGGGCAUCACUGGCGCUCUUUCCCCCCCAAACUCCUCGACCAAGUUCCGAGAUCUUCCUGCAGACCAGCAAAUUGGCGGAUACCCGCUUCCUGAGCAACUCUCGAAUUCUAUUGACGAACAAACGCUCGACUCGGAGGGGCGCUGCAUUAUCCUAGAGUUCCCUGCCUUCGUACUUAUCGGCGUAUACAGCCCUGCCACCCGAGAUGAGACAAGGACAGAAUAUCGCGAGGCGUUUAUCGAUGCUAUGGAUGCCAGGGUCCGAAAUCUUGUUGCCAUGGGCAAGCAAGUCUUUCUCUGCGGUGACCUAAAUAUCAUACGUGAUGAGCUAGACGCUGCAGGCUUGCCAGAACGCCUGCGGAAAGAAGGCGUGACGCUGGAAGAAUUCUUCGCAACGCACUCACGACGGUUUUUGAACCAACUGCUGUUUGGCGGCCGCGUCAUCGGAGAGAGACAGGAAGGGCGUGAACAGCCCGUUCUAUGGGAUCUCUGCAGGGAGUUCCAUCCAACUCGUGCGGGUAUGUACACCUGCUGGGAAACGAGGAAGAACGCGCGGCCAGGGAACUUUGGAAACCGGAUAGAUUAUGUGCUGUGCAGCUCUGGAAUUAAGGACUGGUUCAUCGACUCCAAUAUCCAGGAGGGCCUGCUGGGAUCCGAUCACUGUCCCGUAUAUGCUACGAUUGCCGACACUGUCGAUGUCGGUGGCUCCCAGGUUCACAUUGAGGAUAUCAUGAACCCUCCGGGCAUGUUCAAGGACGGCGUGCGCCAACGAGAAUGGUGCCAGAAGGACCUCCUUCCUAUAUCAGCCAAGCUCAUCCCUGAGUUUGACCGCCGACAGAGCAUAAAGGACAUGUUCUUCAAGAAAGCCUCCGCGUCGGCGAAGACGACAUCCAGUCCCAACACGAUUAGCUCCCAAAGUACACCCACCGACACGGUACCGGGCGGAGGGAGCGACGAGACACAAAAAGAUAGCACCGUCUCAAUGUCGCAGGCGAUUGAUCAGCCAGCAUCUACAACGACGCUCCCCAACACAGCUUCGAAUAACAUCACUUCCGUGCCACCACAAAAGCCCAUCCCCCAAAAGCGGCAAGCCGCAUCCUCAACGUCUCCGAACCGGCCUCAGAAGAAGGGAAAACUUGCGCUCAGCAGGGAAAGCUCCUCGAAGACGACCGCAGGCUUUUCGCAGAGCAGCUUGAAAGGGUUUUUCAAGCCCAAGACACCGACCGCAAACGCCACAGCUGCCAUUGAGGCCGGUGACACCACAAAUCCUGCCAUCACUCCCGACCCAAAUCCAUCGGAGCCUGAAUCAAAGCAAGAUACCUCCGCCAGUCAAGGGAAUAGCAGCCAAAGUACCAAGAAUAGCUCUGGAGACUCUGUCGGUGAGAGCCCGAGGACCGAGAGCUCCUUCACAGAUAAGGUCUUCGACCCCAUCCAAGCGAAGGAUUCCUGGUCUAAGUUACUCGGGAAGCGAGUGGUUCCAAAAUGUGAGCACGGAGAGGAUUGCCAGAUGCUGGUCACUAAGAAGGCCGGUGUCAAUUGCGGCAGGGCGUUUUUCAUGUGCGCCCGUCCCUUGGGCCCCUCGGGAGAGAAAGAGCAAGGAACCGAGUUUCGUUGCCGGACUUUCAUUUGGAGCAGUGACUGGAAUGGGCGACAAUGAUGGCAUUGGAGUAGGAAGGCAGCAUUACGUCGCGUUGCUUAUUAACUCGGCUUUUGCACCUCUCGGGUCGGUCGGCUGGGAGACACGGGAUUGGGAGAGACAUGGAGUAAUAGUCGGUCGUUCUUUUGUGACUCGGACCUGCAGCCCUCUGAAUGCUUCGCAAGACACUGCUUGAUCUGGCUCCAGGAAAUUCACGUAAUCCUUGUGCUCUAAGCGAAUGGGUACCCAAAAACGGCAUUGCCUGCCUUUUUGUGCUCGAUGUCU